AUGGCAAUGUGGAUUAAAGUGAUUUUAAUCGCCGUCCUGGCGAUUGCUGGUCUCUGUGCUGACGGAGCCGAUCGUGAAAUGAUGCGCAACGCUAUGGAACAUUUGCUUCAAAUCAGACCGCCCGCUUCCGUCCCGUCCGGACGUAGCAAACGGCAAGACUACGGCGAUUCCGAAUCGUCCACCUCUUCACCUCACCUUUACAUGAUGGAACUCUACAAGAAAUAUUUAACAUCCGAUUCGAUGAAGACCAGGAGUAACACCAUCCGGAGUAUCAUCCCUUCCAGAGGUCAAGUUGGAGGCGAAGAAAUGCUGCUGUUUAAUCUGAACGGAUUGACCCGCAGCGAAGAGAUCGGCUCGGUCGAGUUGCAUUUCUACAAGCGACGAGCUGUCGGCCGGAAGAAGAUGAACAGUAAAGCGCAUCACCAUCAUCACUUACAGGGUUUCUCCCUGGAUCCAUCGGUCGUCGGAUCGCCAUCUACGACGUCAGCGAGGCCGUCCAUUCAGUUUCUCGUCAACAGUCUGCCAGCUGCCGCCAACAACUCGCCUUCACCUUCCAGGGUGUCCAAACGCUCGUCUGGCCUCUACGAGAAUCUAUCGAUCGACUCUGUUCUCCGAAUGGAUCCGUCGCCCUUCCUGGUGGUCUUCUCCAACGAGCGUUCCAACGCCACUCUAGAAGAAACGGGUCUGGUGUCUGAGCGCGAUCUGAACGCUUUGCCUGACCAGGAUGUCCAGCAGGCGACAACGUGGGACGCCAGUCAGGCUCGUCAGCGUCGCUCCAUCGACGAUAACGAACUGCCUGAAGCUGACCAUUACCUGAACAGCAACGUCAUCCCUCAAACGAGCCCGGGAAUGUUGCAAGCUCGCUCAUCAUCGUCGCGUCAGACGGCCGGCGGGCCAGGUAGUCGCAAGAUAAGUGGCGAGGCCGGCGGCAGUUCGAGUAGUAGCAGUAGUAGUAGUAGUAGUAGUAAGAGCACUCUACCUUAUCCAAAGUCUCAUUCAUCGCGAGUGGCUGGUGCCACCUUGGCUUGGCCGGAAGAUAAGAGGAAAAGGACGGCCGCUAGUUCCAGCAACAACCGCAAGGGAAAGCGACGUAACCGCAAGCUGCCAGAAACUUGGCAUUACAAUCAACAGCAACACGUCAACGAUGCCCGACUGGAUGUGCCGGAAGAUGCGGGCCGUUCGCUUUGCCAACGGAGGAAAUUGACGGUGGACUUUAACGAAAUCGGUUGGGGCGAAUGGAUCAUUUCGCCAAAGACAUUCGAGGCCCAGUACUGCGCCGGACGGUGUCCUUUCCCGCUGACUAAGGAGUUGAAUCCAACGAAUCACGCUACGAUUCAGAGUAUCGUGCACGCCAUCGGCGGCCAUCCGGAAGUACCUGCUCCGUGUUGUGUGCCGGACGUUCUCUCGUCGCUGACGCUGCUCUAUUUCGACGACAAUCGCAACGUCGUUCUUCAAAAACUAUCCCAGCAUGACGGCCGAAAGCUGCGCAUGUCGGUGAAUUUGGAAAAGUCGGUUCUCCCGAUUGUAGAGCGCACGAACCAGUAGACCAUCAUCUUAAAAAUUAAUAGCAAGCCCCACAUUCCCCACUCCGUUCAUCCUUCAAAAGCCGCCAUCCAGCAGCCAUUGUUGUACAGAGAGAGAGAGACAAUCCAGUGAAAAUCAAUUCAUCGUUUAUUUCAUCCGCAUUGAAAUUUGCUUGUAUCGUUCGACGUGCUAUAUUAAGUUCUUUUUGCCCCGAUUUUUUUGUUGCUGAAGUAUAAUAAUUAAUCGUAAUUCAUUAAUAACAACCAAUUAAUAAUAAACUACAUUUUGGUCAAAAUUAACAGAUUGUAAAACUCGAGGGUAUCAAUUCCGUUACGGGUGUGGAAUUACUAAAUUCUUUGAAUGCCAACUUGGCGUAUCCGCUACAUUUAGAACACAAAUGUUUCGAUUUUGAUUAGAAUUUAUAAAAACUAAACUUAAAAAAGCAAAGAAGAACUGUCGUUUAAUGAAUGUCCUGUUUCAGACGCGACGACGUUAUUAUAAUGCAAGGCGAUCCGUAUUGACCUUGUUAUUCAAAUACAGCAGUCCCGCUUGCACGUUUUCCCAUUUCACGACAUGCUGGAAAUCGAUUUGGUUUUGCACGAAAUCCGUUUGCUGCUGAACGAAUUUGAAAAAAACAAAAAAUAUUUUUAUUGAACGGACUGAUAUAAAAUGAACAAAAAAAUAAAAUAAAAGAAGAAAAGCUAAACUAAUUCCAUUUGUUGUUCGUGUGGUGUGUGUGUGUGUGUGUGUUGUUUGUUGUAAUCACCGUUUUUCGUCUAUGUGGCCAAACUGGUGCGCUCGAGGGAUUUCUGUUUCCUUGUUGAUUCAUUUUCUUUUUUCUUUUCUCCCAUCAUAUUAUUAUAGUAUACCAUCGCCAUCUUCUCUAUUAUAUACUCUAUUCUAUAAUAUAGCAACAAUGUUAUUGGACGUGUUCUUUUCUUUCCAUCUUUCUUUUAUUUUUCGCCUCUUCUUCUUGUUUAUGUUUCUCGUAACGGGCUGUUCCAUGAUUGCAGUUGGCAGCCGUGUGCGAUGGUAUGUCCUAGUCAUCAUAUUUCCUCGUGUUUUUCUUUUUUUUUUUUUUCCCAUUUUGCCCUGAUUUCAUUCCUUCAAUUUCUUCUGCCACGACCGUCUUUGACUCUCUUCUUUUUUUUCCCUCCAAGUUUAUUAUUAUUAUCUCUGUCUGCUGUCUCGUGUUUCUCUCUCCUUUUUCUUUUUCGCUUAGAAUUCUCGACAACAACAAAAAUAUUAAGCCAUGUUCUCCUCUUUUCGUUUUGAAAACAAAAAUUCGAAUUUUAAUCAUAUGUUCUAACGAUUUAUUCACAUCCGGCGUUUGUUUUUUUUCUCGUCUUUUAAUAUUUUUGUCUACCCAUUUUUUUAAAAAUUUUUUGUUCCAUCGCCCCUUGCAUCACUCACUGUAUUACAAUAAAAACUCUCACUCGUCCCUCACACACACACAUAUACGUUAUUCCUUUAAAAAAAAAAAAACAUUCUCUCUGGAACGUCUUAACGAACUCAUUUUGUAUACACGAAAAAAGAAAAAAAUUAUGUAGAAAAAGAAAUGAAUUGUUGUUGUUCAGCUCCCGAA